AUGUGGUUUGUAGGAAGCCUAGCCGUGACCCUCUUCAAACAAGUCUCAUCACGUUCCCCCGGCCAGCUCAAUUCAGUUUCGUUAGUGCGUGCUUUGACGUACUUGAAACUUCUUGAACGGAAGAACGUCGUUAUCUCCGAAGGCCUGAUCAAAGCUGCACUUUCAGUCUCUCUCAAGCUCUUGGGCCACCGAGAGGAAACCGAUGCCAUUGCCCGAACGGUUUUCGACUGCGGCACGAGAGCAUCCGUAUCUGACAUGUGUCUUGGAGACAUCAUUUGGGCCAACGAAGUCUACUUGAUGCACGCUCUGGACUAUGACCUCUUCCAAGACGAUGGAUGGGACCUAUGUUUGGCAUACGAAAGUGCCCUGGACUCAUCAGUCGUCACGGAUUUAUGUCUGCACGGCAUCGUACAACUUGAUAUAGAUUGGACUGCCACAGCGGUCGUGGCCGCAAUCGAAGCCUGGCACCGUUCAAAGGCGUUGUUGGGUACCCAGUCGUGGGACAUUGAGAGCGCGAGAAAAUGUGCGCAUCGGUCGUUUGUACAGCACUGCGUCCAGGAGACAACUGUCUACGAGCUUCUGGUUGCAAUUAUGCUAUUCUCAUCUGCCUAA